AUGACGCCAUAUCGCAUGGAGUUCCCAGUAUUGGAGGAACUUAGAAAUCAACUCAAGGAGUUGCUUGAUGUUGGACAUAUUAGGCCGUCUAAUGCGCCAUUUGGUGAACCCAUUUUGUUCCAAAAGAAAAAGGAAGGUUGCGUUUGUGUAUUGAUUACUAGGCCCUCAACAAGGUUGGGGCAUGCCAAAGUGUUCACAAAGAUGGACUUGAGGAAAGGUUAUUACCAAGUCCGGAUUGUUGAAGGAGAUGAGCCAAAGAUGACUUGUGUUACUCGUUAUGGAGCCUUUGAGUGGCAGGUCCACUUUGUUAGAGGAUUAUGUUCACCUUUUCUCGAAGCCUGCGUUUUACAUUACACAAAGGAACUAGUCCUUUCCAAUGAGAUGUUUAAUUCGGAGGAAGAAACAUCCACAACUAUUGCUUGGAUUUCUUUCCCCUCACUUCCCCCAAAUUUCUUUGGAAAGGAAGCUGUCUUCUCACUAGCUGCUGCAGUUGGUAAACCAAUUCAAGUGGAUAUGGCCACCAGGAACCAAACUAGACCCAGUUGUGCGAGAGUUAAGGUGGAGGUGGAUUUACUAAGAGAAUUUCCAAAACACAUUAAAAUUGGAAUAAAAGGGAGGAAUGAGGAGAUAACGGAGAAAUGGAUUCGAAUCAAGUACGACUAUGCUCCAAAUUAUUGUAAAACAUGCAUGAUUCAGGGACACAACGAAGAGCAGUGUUAUGUUGAACAUCCAGAGCUCUUUCCAAAGAAAGAGAAGGUCGAUCAAGUAGUAGUAGGAGGACAAACCAGUAAAGAAAAUCAGUAG